AUGAAGUGCCAGAUGAAUGCCAUACCUUGCCAAAUAAGUGAUCCUUGUCCUAUCCUUCAUGAAUGGCAUACUCCAGGAAACCUGCUCAUUGGUGGGAUUACAGCUCAAGUUAUAUAUGUAGGGUUGGAUGUGGAGUUAGCCGUUUUGAAGUUGUAUCAGCAUUCCCUGAGUUUGGCAUUUGCAGUGAAACAGAUUAACUCAAACCCCAAACUCUUGUCUAAUGUUACCCUGGGAUUUUUCAUCUGUGAUAACUAUUUUGAUGCCCGGCUGACUUACCGUUCCACUUUGGAGCUGCUAUUCCGAUCAGAUCAGUUGGUUGUCAACUACAGGUGUGGUGUCAAGGAGAAUCUCAUUGUGGCCAUCAUUGGUGGAUUUGGUGCUGAUAUCUCAUUCUUCAUGUCAAAUAUCAUCAGUCUUUACAAAAUCCCUCAGCUUCACUGGUUUCUCCAAGGUCUUUCGUUCAAUAAUUCAUUUGGAGAAACUGUGUCCAUCAAUCAACAUGGAGAAGUGCUUUCUGGAUUUGAUAUUACAAAAGUGAUCAUGUUUCCAAACAACUCCUACCACAAAGUGAAAAUCGGAAAGCUGGAUCCCAAAACACUUGCAGGAAAUGAAUUUGUCAUUCAUGAAGAUUUAAUUGUUUGGCACAAAGAUUUUAAGCAGGUUUUGCCCCGUUCAGUGUGUAAUGAUCUCUGUCCUGCUGGCUAUCAGAAGAAAAAGAAAGAAGGCAAGAAAUUUUGCUGCUAUGAUUGUGAUCCAUGUUCUGCUGGGAAGAUGUCAAAUAUGUCAGACACAAUUGCCUGUUCUGAAUGUCCAGAAGAUCAAUUUCCAAGUAAGGACAAAGUUCGAUGCAUCCACAAAUCAAUAAUAUUUCUAACUUUUGAAGAACCUUUAGGGAUCAGCUUAGUUGUGAUUACUACUUUAUUUUCAAUCAUUACCAUGUUAAUACUUGGAAUAUUUAUCAAGUAUAAAGACACUCCUGUUGUUAAAGCUAACAACAAGGACCUCACCUACACUCUCCUAAUCUCCCUUCUGCUUUGCUUCCUCUGCUCUUUUCUUUUCCUUGGAAAAGCUUCACAACUGAUUUGCAUCCUCAGACAAACUGUCUUUGGGGUUAUCUUCUCAGUGGCCAUUUCUUCAGUAUUGGCCAAAACCAUCAUGGUCAUUGCAGCAUUCAUGGCCACCAAACCAGGAUCCAGCAUGAGGAAAUGGUUGGGGAAAAGACUGUCCAUCUUAAUUAUUUUCUUUUGCUCCUUCAUUCAAGCAGCCAUUUGUCUGAUGUGGAUGAUCACUUCUCCCCCCUUUCCAGAACUUAACAUGAGAUCCAUGACUGAAGAGAUUAUCUCAGAAUGUAAUGAAGGGUCUGUUGUGAUGUUUUACCUUGUCUUGGGCUAUAUGGGGUUUCUGUCUCUGGUCAGCUUCAUCGUGGCUUUCCUGGCUAGGAACCUGCCAGGCACAUUCAAUGAAGCCAAGUUCAUCACUUUUAGCAUGUUGAUGUUUUGCAGUGUUUGGUUGUCUUUUGUUCCAACGUAUUUGAGCACCAAGGGAAAGUAUAUGGUAGCUGUGGAGAUCUUCUCCAUCUUAACUUCUAGUGUUGGGUUAUUGGGAUGUAUCUUUUUUCCCAAAUGCUACAUUAUUUUACUGAGGCCUGAGCUGAACAGCAAAGAACAACUUGUGAAGAAAAAGCAUUUUUGA